AUGGGCAUCUCCAAGUCUGAUCCGAUCAUCAUCGUAGGGGGCGGUGCCUUUGGCCUCUCAUCGGCUCUCCACCUCACACAGAAGGGCUAUACCAAUGUCUCGGUGUUUGAGAAGGACGAUAACAUUCCCCCUCGGUUCUCUGCUGCCAAUGACUUGAACAAGAUUGUGCGGGCAGAAUACGAAGAUGAAUUCUAUACAGAGCUCACGAUCAAGGCAAUUGAUGCUUGGAAGACCCCGUUAUUCGCUCCUCAUUUCCAUCAGGUCGGCUUCUUACAUUGUGUAUCCGGUGGUGCACCAGAGAAAGCCGUCGCUACGUUGAGCCGAUUCCGCGCCUCCGCCGAAAAAGCACCCAAAGAUGAAGGACCAGAUCCGGCUUGGCAGUUGCAGGGCGCUUUACCUGGAUGGAGCGGCUACCUGAAUCGCUUCGAUGGCUACGCCCACUCCGGCAACGCCCUGGCGGGCGUGUACCGUGCUGUUCAAGCGGCGGGCGUUCGAUUCUUCCUGGGCGAGCAAGGCACCGUCGACGAGAUCACGCACGUGAGCACCGUCAACUGCCGCAAGGCUGCUGGCGUCCGGACCAAGAACGGCCGCUUCCACCCCUCCGCGCUGGUUGUUGUAGCGGUUGGUGCGGCGGCCGCUCGCCUCGUCCCUGAGAUUGGCAAGGAGGUCGUCGCGAAGUCGUGGUCUGUUGCUCAUGUUCACCUGACCAAUGACGAGACCUCUGCCUUGCGCGGCAUCCCCGUCACUUACGCUCGUGAUCUGGGCUUCUUCUUUGAGCCCGACCCCAAGACAAACCUGCUCAAGCUUUGCCCUAUGGGCGGUGGUUAUAUCAACACUGAUCCGAAGACCGGUGUCUCACAUGCGCCCCUGACUUUGAGCGAGAGCGCGUUCUUGCCAGAAGAGGAUGAGAAGCGGCUUCGUCGAUUGCUGGCCCAAACUCUCCCUUCUCUGGCCGAUCGGCCCUUUGUAAAAAGCUCGUUGUGCUGGUUCGCGGAUACGGAUGAUUCUGACUUCAUCGUUGAUUACGUUCCGAAUACGUCGGAAUCUAUCGUUCUCCUUUCUGGAGACUCAGGUCAUGCCUUCAAGAUGUUCCCGAUCCUGGGCUCCUUCAUCACUAAUCUCUUGGAGGCUCCAGAUAACGUCCAGCGCAUUACGAGGUGGCGCUGGAAACAGCCUAAGGCUAAUGCGAAGGAUGACUGGGGUGGCGAUGUGAGCUGGCGGAUUGGACAAUCUAAGGAGCUGUCAGCUAUCCUCCCGUCGAAGGCUGCAAAGCUAUAA